AUGGCGGCUCGAGCGAUAAGUGAGAGUUCGGAUAGUUCAGAGCAGAAUUCAUCCGACGAAAGUGAUUUUUACGACGUAAAUUUAUAUGACAGCGAUGUAGCUGAAACUUCAGAGCCUCCUGAAGACACAGGUCCGCGUCCCUGUUGUUACGAGCCUCGCAGAGUUCAACGAGAUUAUGGACAACGAAGCCGUAUCAUAAGGACGAAACCGAAAGUGAGACGGAUCGUCUUGUCACUUAAAUUGUAUUGCUUAUACCUAAUUUGCCUUUAUUUUGGAGUAAUUUUAUCAUGAGACUAGGAUGAACUCAAGCCAUUAUGAAAGGGGUCCUUACUUUUUGUUAUUGUAAUUUAGGUGUUAGUGUGAAAUGUGUCAGCCGAUGCCUUCGGUACCCGAAAGCGUAUGUUGUCAUGAAAAUAGGGCAAAUAUGGCAAAAAAUUGAAGAGCAAACUGAGGUCCAAAUGUCCUGUAUAACAGAACAUCCAGGAUUUCAGUCUACUUGCUUGGAUGUGUGGGUCCUUGAAACGGCGUAUUAUGCAUAUAGGCAACAACAUGGCACAGACAGUCAGAGAGGGCACGAGUAUGUUUUCUAGUUCUGAAAUUUUCACUAUGUACAUAAAAAAAAAUAUGAACAGUUUAUAUAUGACUGCAUGUUCGAAGUUAUGUAUUUAUUCCAACAUUUUUCCACUCGUUCGUGUCUAGAAAAUUUCGCUACAUCGCUUAUCGCCAACUUGUGCGAUGUUGUUGGGGUUAUCUUUGCAGAAAAGUAAGAGUGGCGCUCCCUUCCUGCACAGUAAACAAAAUACGCCAAAGAUUUCCUGCGGAUAUUGGCACCUCCUACACUGGUUUAAAGCCACCAAACCUGCAAUAA